AGAAGAAGAGCUGCAGAGGGCGACGGCGACGACGACCCACAACCACCACCACCACCACCAUUUCUUCCGACCUCGAGAACCCUUCGAUCCGGAGCUAUGCUGGGCAAGAGGCCGCGGUCGGUGAUCGGGAAGCUGUCGGAGCUCCUCGUCUCCCGGAGUGCCGGCCUCCUGGAGUCCGCCGUCGCCGCCGCCGCGGCGCCCAGCCCGAGGAGCCCGCUGGACUUCAAGAUUCAGUCGCCGCGGGGGCCCAGGAGCUACGAUCUCGGCGGGGUCGGGCUUGGGAUCGUGGCGGCGCUCGAGAAGCCCGGGGACGCCAAGAUCUUGCUGCUCCCCAAGGGCUGCGCCGCCUGCGGCCACGGCUCGGCCCGGCCCGGCGCGAACGGGUCGGGUCCCUCCUCGGCCGGAGCACGCGCGGGGGCGGACGACGACAUGGAGGACUACACGUACGUGACCUUCCACGGGCCGAACCAGUCGUUCACGAUGGUGUACUGCGGGGAGGGCGAGCGCGGUGGGGCCGCCGCCGGACGCGGCGGGUGCGGCAAGAGCGGGGGGCUCGGCGAGUCGAUGAGACGAGCGGGGAGCGUCGGAGGAGGAGAAGGAGGAGGGGAGGGUCCAGUUUUUCAGGCUUUGGACUUCCUCAAUUCUUGCCAUUUGUGUGGGAAGAAGCUCCACGGCGUAGACAUAUACAUGUACAGAGGCGAGAAAGCGUUCUGUAGCGCGGAGUGCCGGUCCACCCAAAUCGCGAAGGACGAACGUAAAGAACAGUGCAGAUCGGAAGCUCCGAGAGUCGCCGACCGGUCGGGAUCGCGGUACUCCGAGGGACGGAUGUUCUCGACCAGCAUUCUCGCGAUCUAGGAAGAAGUACAUAAUCCGGCUGCGGCUACGGCUCCGGCUACUCCUCUUACACAUAUGAGAACAUAAUUAGCUUACCCUUGUUAAAGAAAACAAAAGAAAGAAAGAAAAAAAAAAGAAUCCAAACAAAUUUUGCUCGGAUGAGAAAUUUUUAGAGCCUAUAUGAGAGAGGCACACGAGAGGGCAUGUUAUGCAAGAAGAAAGAAGGAUCGGAUAAGCUGUAUGACUUUACGUUCAUAAUGGCCAAAAUGAUGUCUCUCUUCAUAA